GUAAGAAGUAGACAACCUAUUUAUGACCCAAUCCUCCAUCACAAUCCAUCCAUGCACUCCUUUUAUAUUACACUCACAACAAUACCACAUUUCAACCAUUUUGCUUAUCAUCUUCUAAAAUUAUCCCUUUAAUCUCUCAACCUAAGAUCAUGGAAAAGAUCAAAAGAGUGAUUUUUCAGCAGCUGUUGUAUAUGCUUCUUCCAGUACUUAUGAGCAUAAUUAUUGGGGAUCCCUUUGAGUUGAGUCCAGUGGGAGGGAACAAGUUUAGGCCUGUGAAGAAUGAGAUUGCGCCCUACAAGGUGGUCAUGGAGAACUGGCGUGGGGAUAACAAGAGCAGGCUUGGGCUUGGGCGUUUGCAGUUCGUAGAUGAAGUUUUUGGGCCUGAGUCCCUGGAGUUUGAUUUGUUGGGCCGGGGACCGUAUGCCGGGCUGGCGGAUGGGCGGGUCGUUAGGUGGAUGGGUGAUGGUAUUGGCUGGGAAACAUUUUCCUUGGUCACUCAUAACUGGUCAGAGAAGAUUUGUGCUAAAGGAGUGCAUUCAACUACACCAAAGCAAUGGAAGUUUGAAUCACAUUGUGGGCGGCCUUUGGGUCUAAGGUUUGACAAGAAAACUGGAGAUUUGUACAUAGCAGAUGCAUACUAUGGGCUCUUGGUGGUUGGUCCUGAGGGAGGAAUUGCAAAACCAUUGGCAACUCAUGUCCAAGGGAAGCCUAUACUCUUCGCCAAUGACCUCGACAUUCAUAAUAAUGGUUCCAUUUUCUUCACCGACACUAGUCAGAGAUACAACCGAGUAAACCAUUUCUUGAUCAUGUUGGAAGGAGAAGCCACUGGCAGGCUGCUCAGAUAUGAUCCCCCCACUAGAGAAACUCAUGUUGUUUUAGAAAACUUGGCAUUCCCAAAUGGAGUUCAGUUAUCUAAGGAUCAGUCUUCUCUUUUCUUCACUGAAACAACCAAUUGCAGGCUGAUGAGGUUCUGGCUAGAAGGGCCGAAGAGCGGGAAGACGGAGGUGAUUGCAAACCUGCCAGGAUUUCCAGACAACGUUAGAGCGAAUGGGAAAGGGCAAAUCUGGGUGGCCAUAGACUGCUGCAGAACAAAAGUACAGGAGGUUUUGGUGAACCACCCAUGGACCAGAAGUGUGUACUUCAGGUUGCCGGUUCCAAUGCAAUACCUGGCUAGAUUGGCUGGGAUGAGAAUGUACACUGUGAUCUCACUAUUUGAUGAAGAAGGGAGGGUAGUUGAUGUACUUGAGGACAAAGAGGGUGAUGUGAUGAAGCUGAUGAGUGAGGUUAGAGAGGUCAAUGGGAAGCUUUGGAUUGGGACUGUGGCUCAUAACCAUAUUGCUACACUGUCCUAUCCUUGAUCAGACUAGCUAAUGGAUUGGUUUAUUGCAUCACUUUCACUCUUUGAAUGAAUUAUAUUAGUAGUAAGUAGUUAAUGUUUUUUUGCUUAGCCUUUUCGUUUUUUGUGACGACUCCUAGCUCUAGUGUAACUAGUGUGUUACGUGAUAAUUAAAAUUCUGUAGCUCAAAAUUGAUGAUUGGAUUAUAAGAUUUGUCAUUUCUCUUACAAAAAAUGCAUAAGAACACGUGUUCUUUUUAACCAU